AUGGGAGCUUGGAUGAAGGGCGAGGAUGUUUACCUCAUGAGUGUUGGGGAUAGUCAUGCUGUUCUGACGCAUAAGAAUGAGGAAAGGUGGGAGCUUGGAAUGAUCAGUGAGGAGGCCAUAGUCAAAGAGGUGGAUGAUAAUGGUAAUCACUGUUUAUCUGCCCUGCAAUUAACCUUGGAUCACAGUGCUUCUGUUCAAGAGGAGGUGCAUAGAAUAAGAAAUGGGCAUCCUGAUGAUUGUUUAGCAAUAGUGAAUGAUAGAGUAAAGGGCUCAUUGAAGAUCACCAGAGCUUUUGGUGUUGGUUUUCUCAAAUAG